CGUGUCCAACGUAAAUCCGUCAAAUGCGUUUAACGCAGUGCGUUGCGGUCAAUGCGAUGAAAAUAUUAAUCAAAACCGUAGACAUGAUUCGACGUGUCCUAACUGGACGGCGAGUGCGUCCGAUACGACCGAUAACGCAUCAGCCGUAUUCGACGCACUAGUUUGAAAACAAAUAAUUUUGUUUUCAAACGCAAGAACGCAACGCACUGCGUUUAUCAACGAACUCACAUAAUAUUAACGCAUACAAAAUAAACACCUUGUUGUAUAAUCAUUAAUUUAUAUUAUUUAUCAAUUAUUUUAAUAUAUAUAAUUUAAAAAACACAAAUUUAAAUAUUAAAAUGGAGCUGUUAAUAUCGGAAGUACAAAAAAGAAGCGUUUUAUGGAAUAAAUGGCAUAAAAAAUAUAGAGACAGAAUUGUGAGUGAUAAAGAAUGGAAUGCAGUGGCUGAGAAAACUAAAAUGGAUAAGGAUGAAGCUAAAAAAAAAAUGGAGGAGUUUGAGGGAUACAUUUUUAAAAGAAAAAAAAAAGGUUACUAAAAGUCGGUCAGGAGAUCCUCAAGAGUGUGUGGAAAUAUAUACAGGACGGUGGAAUUAUUAUAACUUAUUAUUAUUUCUAAAAGAUACAACAGCACCUAGAAUAACGGAAGAUAAUGUUUCUGAAUGUGAAGAGGAAAGGAUAGAGGAAGAUUCAGAUGCAUCAGAGAACGAAAAAAUCGAGAAUAAUUACGAUGUUAGUAAUAAUUAUGUUAAUGAUGGAAGUUAUGAAAAUAUUUCAAGUCCAACUGGGGUCAGUAAUAUUGAAAAUCCAUCAUCUUUGACCCAAUCAGAAAGUUCGAAUUUGGAUACUCAAAUUACAAAUAGUUCAAGCUAUUCUACUAACUUACAAUCAUGUCCUAAAAAAAAGAAAAAAAGAAAUGAUGAUCAAAAAAAUUUUGAAAAAGAGUUACUACAGAUAGAAACCCAAAAAUUAAAUGCUUUGCUACAAUCAAAUAAUACAACUACUCCAAUUGAUGAUGAUGAUAUGUUGUUUCUUAAAUCACUCCAUCCAUAUUUUAAAAACAUGCACGCUAUACAAAAACUACGUAUACGAAAUCAAUUUCAAAACACAAUAAUAAAUGAGUUAUCACAGACAAAAGUUCAACCAAUCACAAAUACGUCGACAUACAAUAUCACACAUAUUAAUGAUACUUCUAUUGCACCUGUAGUUACAUCACAAAUCUUAAGAUCUGGUCAAUUUAAUGAAGAUUACAUUCACUUUGAUGUUCAAAAUUUUAAUUCUACGUAAUAUUAGUUG